AGCGCGCGGAGGCGGCGGAGCGCGCGGCGCUGGUGCGCGGCGUCGGCGCCGGAGAGGCCAGCCGCGCGUUCGGGGCCGUGGCGCCCAGCGAGGCGAAGACGGCCCCGUCCUGGCGAGCGCCCGCCAAGCCGCCGCCGCAGGCGGCGGCGGAGCAGGCCCAGGCCUUUCUGCAGGACGCAGGCGCGGCCGCCCAGGAGCAGCCUGGGCCGCCGAGCCACACGGCUUCCGAGUCCGCCCUCUUGGCGGCGGUCUUCGACACGCCGGACGCGGCGGCGCCUCCAACGACCACCCCGACCCCGGGCAGCCCCGCGGAGGCCAACGGCUCCGCCGCCGCCCCGGCCCCGACCCCAGGCAGCCCCGCGGAGGCCAGCAGCUCCGACGCAGGCCGGGCGGCGUCCCGCGAGCCGGGCCGCAGCGCCUCGGAGGGGGCGGGGGCCCCGGAGUGCCGCACCGCCGUGGGCGGCGAGGAGUGCUACGAGGCCGUGCGGUGGGCGUACUUCACGGGCAUACACCGGCGCCCCGAGUGGUACGAGGGGCUCUCGCUGGACUCGAGGUUCGAGGACUUCCAGGCGAAGAUGCACCGGGAGGGCAUCAACAACUGCACCAGGCCGUGCAGCACCUCCACGCAGCUCCUCGCUCAGCGGCCGUGGGGAGAUCCGUCGCUCCUGUGCUUCUCCGUGGCCAUCGGUGACGAGUUGGAACUGAUGCGUGCGAUGGUAUCCAAGCGCGCUGGAAUAUUUGAUGGACUUCGAAGAUUGUUUUGAGUGGUGCGGUGGUCGACUUGGGCAUGGGCAUCGAGACAUCCCUUGUGGAAAUCGUGGACGGUGGCGUGGGACAGUCAGGGACUGCAGCCAACGUUCAGACAUUCAUCAACGCCUGGAAUGUCAUUCUUGAAGCGGCGCACUACUCUCAUCACCCCUUCACGGUCAAAGUGGACCCCGAUGCCGUGCUGUUGCCGUCUCGGUUGCGUGACCACGUGCGGCCGUUGGGCGAGCGACGCGUGUACGUGCCGAAUUGCGACCACAGGGAUAUUUGGCCAGGGUCUUCUGACUACCCCAUGGUGUACGGGGCAGUGGAGGUCAUCUCGAGAGAGGGCAUGGAAGCGUACAGGGAAGGCCACAGCCAGUGCGAGGAGGAGCUCGACUGGUCACACUGGGGCGAGGAUCUCUACCUGGGGCAUUGUCUCAACAUGCUUGGAGUGGAGCAGGAGUUAGACGUGGACCAGGUCCGGGAUGAGACAUGCUGCCCAGGCACUCCUGAGCAGUGCCCAGACCGCAAGGACUGCACGCAGCCGCAGGCCGCUGCGUUCCACAAGUUCAAGUCCGUCGACGCGUGGCUGGAGUGCUGGCAGCAGGCAAGCGGGUAGCCUGCUGCGGGGAUGACCUAAACCUCUGUGAGUGGGCGGAUCGCCGCCGCACGACUUCAGGCUGGCCCACGGUGCUCGAGCACAGCAUCUUGCAGAGACCCUGUGUACAGCUGGGCGCCUUUGUGGGCAGCGCGCUGUCGGCUCUGCCGGCCCGUGUGCUUUGCCCCUUUUUUUUGUCGGCCGAGGCGUUGCUUGCAUGUUAGGCGGCUUCAAUGUUCAAGCGCAGCUAAUGUGAUUCCGUCGGAGGUCCGCGGGCGAAACGCCCUCGGCACAGGCAGUCCGUCUUGUGUUUCGUUGGCCUCCGAUUCGCACCCAUUGAGUCGCAGGAUGCUGGGUAGGCGUGGCUCUGAAGAAGCUCUACGCUGAUCUCCCUGCUCGGGCUUGGACGCCGCCACGCCCGAGGAAGCAUUGCUGACGGUUGCAAACAAGAGGAAAUGUGCAUGUCCGACUCGCCCAACACACUGGGCGGUACCCAGGAGUGGAUCUCGAUGCGACGUUACUCCGCCAGGGAACCCCAGGGGCGCAGCACAGCGAGGACAGAUUCGCGCUGGGAAG